GUGCAACCUGCCUCGGAACAAGUGCCAAAGGUGACGAUGAUGUGAGCCUAUCAAGUCGUUGCCUUAGAGAGAUCGCUGUCCACGUCUUCUGAUGAAUGUCCGCGUCUCGCAUCACCGCCAGGAUCCUCCGCUUCACUUCUUGCUCGACCUCCUCCCACAUCUUUGCUGAGACUCGUUCGAGAUUUGCAUCUCCUCCCGCACUCAGACGGCAGCUGUCAUAUUCUCCUCUGAUGGCCGCAAGACCUCCAAAGCGAAUCAAGCUCGACGCGGGCCAAAAAGAUACGCUACCAGCCUCGCAGAGAUCGGCUUCGGAUAGCAAUGUAGCGGACCCAGCAUCCGUCCGUGUGAAGAGAGCUGCCUUCCUGAGUUCAAUCUCCAGGUCAAUCUCGCCGCCGGGUAUCUCGAGGUCUGGGACAACGACACCACAGCCACAAAAUGAGGCGAGCGAAGAUACGAAAAGGACCGUCAAUUCGCGUUCUCCGAGACCGCGGAAACACUCUCCCAAGCCUGUCCAUACAGGCUCAGAUGUUCGCUCCUCCGUCGCUGAGGCCAAGCCAGCCUCUGCAACAAAGCUCCUCCCAUCCCCCUUCAGACUCACUACAAUCCGUGAUCUCCCACCUUCUAAGAAUGUCGACUCCAUCUCACUACAUGACAUCCUUGGGAACCCGCUGAUCAAAGAAGCUUGGGUCUUCAAUUACUGCUUCGAUGUCGACUGGUUAAUGACCCACUUUGAUCCCGACAUUCGCUCCAAUGUCAAAGUGAAGAUCAUUCACGGGUCGUGGAAGAAUGACUCUCCAAACAAGAUCGCCAUCGACGAUGCUUGUCGAAGAUGGACCAAUGUGGAAGCCGCAACUGCUUAUUUACCUGACCAGUUCGGAACUCACCAUAGCAAGAUGUUCGUUCUCUUCACUCAUGAUGACCUUGCGCAGGUUGUCAUCCACACCGCGAAUAUUUUGGAGCAGGACUGGACAAACAUGACCCAGGCGGCGUGGCUAUCCCCCAUGCUCCCACUCCUCGAGGGGAAGCAGGUGAACAAACCGGGAAAAUUAGGGACUGGGACGAGGUUCAAACAUGAUUUGUUGGCUUAUCUCAUUGCAUACGGAUCAAAAACAAAGGCAUUACGGGAACAACUUGCACAGUUCAAUUUUAUGAGCGUCAGAGGUGCCCUCAUUGCUUCUGUUCCAUCACGAAUGAAGGAGUCCUCAACCACGCAAAACGACGACGCUGCCUGGGAUCUGAAACUCUGGGGCUACCCGAGUCUGUCACGGGCAUUGAAAUCGAUUGUUUCACAACAGCAGACCAACCUCUCCGACAAUACGAUAAGGACAAAGUCUCCCCAUGUUGUAUGCCAAGUUUCCUCGAUCGCCACCCUUCCGCAAAGCUGGCUGAAUCAAUUCUUCCCAGUCUUUCACUCGACCUUGCAGUCUAUACCAUCCAGUCCGGCACGGGAGUGGGACUCCAAGAACGUCUCAAUCAUCUAUCCGACACCUCAAAACGUGGCGACCUCACUCGACGGCUUCGCAUCUGGCGGGUCCAUCCACACAAAGGCGCAGUCCGCUGCCCAUCUGAAACAAAUCGCCGCCCUUCGAAGUUCAUUGUGUCAGUGGACCAAAGGCUCGACGAAGGAGACAAGAGCGGGAAGAGACGAGGCCGCGCCGCAUAUCAAGACGUACGUGUGCUUUGCGAACAAGCCGACGACGAAAAACCCAUGUCCAGAGGUGACAUGGGCGUUGUUGACGAGUGCGAAUCUGAGUCAGCAGGCUUGGGGUACCCUCCGCGCGAAAGAGAAGGAGAUUGUGGUGCAGAGCUAUGAGAUCGGUGUGCUUGUCUGGCCAGAGUUAUUCGCCGAGAGAUUCGAGGCUGAAGUGGCCAGCGAGACGGACGAGGACGAUGCAGACAGAGAUAAUAACGGUGCGGUAAAACGCAACGACUCGGAAAAGAUGAAGAUGAUUCCCGUGUUCGGGAAAGAUAUACCUCAACCUCCGCACACCUUGGACGCCACAGCUGAAUCCUCUGGACCUGAGACACUUGUUGGACUGCGUAUCCCGUAUGACCUCCCCCUCACGCCUUACGAGAAAAGCGACAUGCCGUGGAGUCCGCAGGGGGUGUAUGAGCAGCCCGACCGAUGGGGCAGACGGUGGCCUCGAGAUUUCGCCUGAGCUGCCUCCCAGUGUUUCCACCACGACUG